UUGUAUUUGUGUGGCUCUCAUUGGUUUCAUUCAACAAGAAGCAACACAAGUCUUCUAGUACUACAACAUUUCAACAAAAAACUACAUGUGUCUCUCUAAUGCAUCCCACACCUACAUAUACACCAUCAACACCAAAAUCAUUCACAAAAAUGGCAUUACGACAACCAUUUCUCUUUGAAUUACUCCACUCAACAACUUCAUUAACUCCAAGAACUCCUUUUGUUUCACUACAAAUACCUCAAAUUUACCUUCAUAAUAAUAAGCAAAUCAAGAAACAUGGGAGAAGUUGUUAUGCAAUAGCAGGGAAUGUUGGAGCUGAAGUUGAUGGUGAGGAUCAAAGUGUGGUUUUGCAAGAUACAAGCUUAGAGGAAUUGAGAGGACAAAGGGAAAUUGUUGGUUAUGAUUGGACUGAAGAAUGGUAUCCUUUGUAUUUGACUAAGAAUAUACCUGAUGAUGCACCUUUGGGUCUUACUGUGUUUGAUAAACAAGUUGUUUUGUAUAAGGAUGGUAGUGGUCAACUCAGAUGCUUUGAAGAUAGAUGCCCACACAGGUUAGCCAAACUCUCUGAAGGACAGCUGUAUGAUGGCAAAUUGGAAUGUCUGUAUCAUGGUUGGCAGUUCGAUGGAGAUGGUAAAUGUGUGAAGAUACCACAGCUACCUGAAAAUGCUAAAAUUCCUCGAUCAGCUUGUGCUAAGACAUAUGAAGUUAGGGAUUCCCAGGGAGUAGUCUGGAUAUGGAUGUCUCACAGAACACCACCUAAUAUUAACAAAAUCCCCUGGUUCGAAAACUUUGAGAGGAAAGGUUUUCGAGAUAAUUCUACAACUCAUGUGCUCCCAUAUGAUCACUCUAUUCUUUUGGAAAACCUCAUGGAUCCUGCUCAUGUCCCGAUAUCACAUGAUAGGACAGAUUUUACAGCUAAAAGGGAAGAUGCUGGACCACUCUUUUUCGAGGUGACAGAAAGGAGUAACCGAGGCUUUGCAGGUUGGUGGGGUAAGGAAAAGGAUCAAGGGAAAGCAAACUAUACUCCGAACUUCUUACGUUUUGAAGCUCCUUGUGUUCUUCACAAUAGUAGAGAAAUUGUUGAUGAGAAUGGGGAGAAGCACUACUUUUCAGGUCUCUUUCUUUGUAGACCAUCUGGUCAAGGGAAAUCCAUGCUUAUCGUUCGGUUUGGGACCACAAGAAAAAGUACCGGGAUCCUGAAAUUUAUCCCAAACUGGUUCAUUCAUCAGAAUGCAAGCAAGGUCUUCGAGCAGGAUAUGGGGUUCCUUUCGUCCCAAAACGAAAUCCUAAUGAAAGAAGGGGUUCCAACCAAGAGACUCUACUUGAACCUAAAGUCGUCGGAUACAUGGGUAACUGAGUACAGGAAGUGGAUGGACAAAGUCGGCCAUGGAAUGCCUUAUCAUUUCGGUCACAACACCAUUUUCCUGCCUCAACAACCUGCUGUAGUCGAGCACGCCCCUGCUGGUUUCGUUGCCAAUUUUUCAGCUUCUCAGCCAGCUAAAGGAGGAAUCGGAGAAAUGUAUGCUCCUAACCCCGCCAACAGAUACUUCAGGCAUGUAGUCCAUUGCAGGGAAUGUAGCAAUGUCGUUAAAGCUUUUGAGACUUGGAAAAAAGCCCUCUGUGUCAUCGCUCUCCUGUCAACUGCAUUCGCGAUUCUAGUGUCUGGAAGACAGUGGAAGGCUGUUUUUUUGCUUUCAACAUCCCUAUGUUUGGCUGGAGCAUACGCCUGCUCAAAAGUCAUUGCAAUGAAUACAAUUAACUUCAUAAGGACUCAUAGAAGAUUGUAAACCCGAAGUUCUGAAAUAUUCAUUGGCCUAUUCAGUAUGUUUUCCUUUCAUUUCCCUUGUGGUUCGGCCCUUCCUUGGACCCCGCGCAUAGGGGGUGCUCAGUGCAUCGGGCUGUUGUUUUUAAUACUCUUCUUAGAACUAGAAAUUUGUGGACACUCUCAGUUCCUUCAUGGUGUUAAAGUGUGUCUAUAUAAUAGCUAUACUCAAAUUGAUGUUUUUCAUGUAAAAUUAGGAUCCAGGCUUAUAUGUUUUUUAUACAUAUUACUCCCUCUCCCUCUGUCCCAAUUUAUGUGUCAUUGUUUGACAUGGUACUUAUAAGUAAACCUCAUAUUUUGUCUGCUA